CUCCUUCUUUUUCUAAUCGUAGUUUACGGGAAAAUAAAUAACAUCCAAAUCAUGUUUCAUGCCAGACACAUUAAGCACGCAAUUUUUCCACUAUACAAAUCUUAGCUUACUAAUUCUUGUUUUAAUUUACGAUUCAAAAAACAUUAAAAGCUACAGUGUUGACCGGAAAAAAAUAAAAUUCAGAAGGGUUUUAAAGUUUUCUCUUGGAGAAGACGUUGCAAUUUUUUUUAUAUUUUUGUCACACGAGUGUAACAUAGUAGACCGGAAAAAUCCACAUAUUUGAUGACGUCAGCAUAAAUUCCUUACUAAUACAUAACCAACUUCGUCUCUUCAUCUCUACUAACAAUUAGCAACAAAAUAAAAGCACACGAAUUUUCAAAUCUUUCUCUUCUCUCGCUCUCUCGAAUUCUUCUCUCUGUUCCUCGUAGAUCCCCUCUGUUUCCGUUUUCGUCUUUUCGAAUUCCGAAGAUCUCAAAUGGGUGAGGAUGCAAUCUCAGGUAAUCUCAAGAAUCUAACGAUCGACACAAGAGAUUCAGAAACUCUUGUGGUAUGUUUCGGUGAAAUGUUGAUUGAUUUUGUUCCUACGGUGGGAGGUGUUUCAUUGGCUGAAGCACCAGCUUUCAAGAAAGCUCCUGGAGGAGCUCCUGCUAAUGUAGCUGUUGGUGUCUCUAGACUUGGUGGCUCCUCUGCUUUCAUUGGAAAGGUUGGUGAUGAUGAGUUUGGAAGAAUGUUAGCUGAUAUUCUAAGGCUGAACAAUGUUGACAACUCUGGGAUGAGAUUCGACCAUAAUGCACGGACUGCUUUGGCCUUUGUUACGCUAAGAGGUGAUGGAGAGAGGGAGUUUUUGUUCUUCAGGCAUCCGAGUGCUGAUAUGCUUCUUUUGGAAUCUGAGCUUGACAAGAACCUCAUCCAAAAGGCCAAGAUCUUUCACUACGGAUCUAUCAGUUUGAUUGAGGAACCUUGCCGUUCUACUCAGCUUGUAGCUAUGAAAAUCGCUAAGGCUGCAGGGAGUCUUUUAUCUUAUGACCCGAAUUUGAGAUUGCCGUUGUGGCCAUCAGAAGAAGCUGCUAGGAAAGAGAUAAUGAGUAUCUGGAAUUUAGCUGAUGUUAUAAAGAUUAGCGAAGACGAGAUAACAUUCCUGACCGGUGGUGAUGAUCCUUAUGAUGAUGAUGUGGUGUUGCAAAAGCUCUUUCAUCCCAAUCUUAAGCUUCUUGUUGUUUCAGAAGGACCUAAUGGCUGUAGAUACUACACUCAGGAGUUUAAAGGUAGAGUUGGUGGAGUAAAAGUGAAGCCAGUUGAUACAACCGGUGCAGGAGAUGCAUUCGUGAGCGGGUUAUUGAACAGCUUAGCUUCUGAUCUUACUCUUCUCAAGGAUGAGAAGAAACUAAGAGAGGCGCUUCUAUUUGCAAACGCAUGUGGAGCCAUUACAGUAACAGAGAGAGGAGCGAUACCGGCGAUGCCAAGCAUGGAUGCUGUUCAAGAUCUUCUUUCUUCUACUCGCUCCUAAAAUGCUUCAAAAGUCUCUUUUGAGUGUAUCAAUUCAUUACCUUUUACAGUGUUUUUGUUUUUUUAAAUAUUUUUCCCCAAUUUGUAGGAACUCAAGAAUGUUGUGUGUGUUUUUUUAGUUUGUUGUUGAUCUCCCGGAGUUUUAGUAUUGGGGUGGUUUGGUUUUACUAUUAUCAAGUUAGGUUUUCUACAAAGAACAAAUUCAUGCUUUGUAAAAACUACUUGCCGUUUUAUGUAACGAGAACGACACACACUCUUUAACGCAAAACCAUUAAUUGUUUAGUUAAACC